AAUGUAGAUCUCUUACACCCCCCUGAAGAAAUUUUGUGAACGUGUUCACGGAUGGAGUGUAAGACUUGAGAUGUGAAGCUGAUGAUGAUGCACCUUGCAUAUAGUCAUUGUCAUGGAGGAGUUAUAACAGCAUGCUUGUGGACUUACAAAUCUCCAGCAAGUCGUGUCGUUUGCGACAAACCUUCCAAUAUGAAGAAUUUUCCUCUGGCUUCUAAAACAGUUCUGUGACGGUUAAGAUAUUUUCCUAUCUUGAGUUGUGGAGUGGAUUUAUGAGCCUUUCUUCAUUCCCGAGUUGGGCUGUACAUUCUUAAGACGUUUGCGUGUGUUUUUCACCUUCUUCCGUUAUGAAGUCGUUGGGACAGCGCCGUCCUAAUGCAAAGGCACCGUGCCACAUCCAGAUAGUGUCUGACUAUGAUGAAGAGAGAGGUCCAGCAGAGUAUAGCAGCACCAAGCCAGCCAGUGCCGGAUUCGCCAACUCCUUCCCCCGGGGCUUCCGGUUAGGGCGCCCUCUUUCAAUAGACGAGAGUCGCAUCGCACGGAGAGGAAGCCUUGGCGCGGGUCUCCUCACCACCGCGCAGUUCCCGGCAGGAGCAGGGAAUACUGGUUACCAUACAAGCACAACAAACGCCUUGACCCUAGGGGAGUCAUCUAAUCUACAGAGAGUCAGACAUUUACUUGGUCAAUCUGCCCCAUCACUCUCUGCAAAUCUUAAAGACCUUAGUCUCUCAAGAAGGGGAAGUUACUGCAGUCGUUCACGAAGCAGGAAGGACCGCUCCCCACAGAAGAAGAGAUCCGUCUCACCAGCUUCGCAAGUCAGCCCUCUGGACAGCCCCCGGGUACCUCCUCACGGCGCUGCUCACUUCCCCUUUGCAUCGGUGAGACAAGCUGAUGGUAGACGGUGGUCACUGGCUUCGCUGCCGUCCUCUGGAUAUGGAACCAAUACGCCAAGCUCAAAUGUCUCAUCAUCUUGCUCCAGUCAGGAGCGUCUUCAUCAGUUACCCUACCAGCCCACUGUGGAGGACCUGCAUCUCCUUACGCAGCAUCUCAGCGGUAGUGAGGGAAACGUUCUCCUGGAUGUGGAAGAAAGCGGGAGACGGUCGCCCAACUUCAGACCUCGCUCCCGGAGCUUGAGCGGGGCAAGCAGCCCUCUUAUGGGGAACACAGACAGCGAGCUCCUAAUGAUGAAUAGCAUGUACAAAGAACGCUUCCCAAAGGCCAAGGAACAGAUGGAAAAGAAACUGAAGGACUUCAUCACCAAGCAUUCCUCAGACUCAGCGGAGGCGAGCGACGCCAUCUACAUGUUCCUGAUCCAUCACGCCAUCGAGCUGGCCCGUGACUGCCUGGUGAAGUCACAGGCCGACCUACUCUCCCACAUCUACCUCUCUGAUAUGGCCAACAAACUCAAGGUUCUCUCGGAGGAUGCUGAGAAACGAUCAGACGCUUCAGCGCAAGCUUUCGCCAGAGUGGAACGGGAGCUCCUGAUGAUCAUUGCUAGACCAGGCAGGCUCUUAGAGUGCUUGGAGUUCGAUCCGGAAGAGUUUUACCAAAUCCUGGAGGCUGCUGAGGGUGAGGCUAAAAACAUCGGGGGGUCACUCAGGAGCGAGCUCCCUAAGUACAUCAUCGGUCAGCUUGGCUUGACCAGGGAUCCCCUGGCUGACUACAUGGACAUGGGGGUUUAUGAUGACCAGCAGACUAACCAGCAGCAACCAACAAUAACAGGAUUGGAGGAAUCGGAAACGGAUGAAGGGGGAGACAGAGAAAGAAGGAGUAGCUUUAAGGACCCCGAUGAGAGUGACUUUGAGAAUAUCAAGAUAAUCAGCAACGGUGCCUACGGUGCUGUCUACUUGGUGAGAUACAAACACAACGGCCAGCGGUUUGCAAUGAAGAAGCUAUGGAAGCAUAAUCUAGCAUUGAGGAACCAGGUGGAUCAAGUCUUUGCCGAGAGGGAUAUUCUAUCAUUUGCUGAGAAUCCAUUCGUCGUCAGUAUGUUCUGCAGCUUUGAAACAAAGAAACAUCUUUGUAUGGUAAUGGAGUACGUUGAAGGGGGUGAUGUUGCCACACUGCUAAAAAACAUUGGACUGUUACCCUAUGAGAUGGCAAGGUUAUAUUUUGGUGAGGCUGUUCUUGCUGUGGAAUAUCUCCAUAGUUACGGCAUCGUACAUAGAGAUAUCAAACCAGACAAUUUGCUGAUCACCUCAACUGGUCACAUAAAACUGACAGACUUUGGCCUCUCAAAGAUUGGACUCAUGAGUUUGACCACAAACCUGUACGAGGGCAGUGUUGAUCACGACACCAAACUCUUCGUUGAUCAGCAGGUGUGUGGUACCCCGCAGUACAUUGCGCCGGAGGUCAUCCUACGCCAGGGCUACGGGAAACCGGUGGACUGGUGGUCCAUGGGUGUCGUCUUGUAUGAGUUCUUAGUGGGCUGCUCACCAUUCUUAGGAGACACGCCAGAAGAGUUGUUUACGCAAGCCAUUAAUGUUGACAUAGAGUGGCCUGAUGGGGACGAUGCCCUCCCAGACGACGCCCAAGACCUAAUCGUUAGACUCCUUCAGCAGAACCCUUACUUCCGCCUUGGUACUGGAGGCAGCCAGGAGGUCAAAGAGCACAUCUUCUUUGCUGGUUUAGACUGGGGUUCCAUGUUAAGACAGAAGGCGGAGUUUAUCCCACAGCUAGAUGGGGAGGAUGACACUAGCUACUUUGACACUCGCUCCGAUCGCUACAACCACGAGCUAGAUUCAGACGAUGAUGACGAUGAAGACAUCCUUGAGAUUGGUAACUUCACGACUUUCUCCCCACGCUACAAUCGAUCCUGCAGCAGUGUCUCACAAUCCUCUGAUGAUUCUGAACGGAGAGAGAGGUCUCUAAGCGCCCCGAUGCCCAUUCCGAACUUUGGGGCGACGCCUAAUCAACUCCAGGAUAAAGACGGCGGGCAGCCAACGGUUAAGAUCCGCAGCAAGAGUGAGAAAUCCUCUGAUCAUGCAACUGUUGUAAGGCGGCACAGCCAUCGGUGUGGUGACCCAAUCAUCAUGGACUCCUUACACGCACACACAGCUAACGAGCUGACACCAGACUACUCGCCUCGUACACGUCGGCGCCUCUCCCGUAAACCAGGCCUGAAAGACGUCCUCCCUCGGUUCUCCAUCUCGCUAGAAGAGGACAGUCCAUCAUCUGGUGUGUCGUCCUCCAACGACCAGCAGUUAAGCGAUCCGCAGACCUCGCCGGGGUUGUCUAAAGAUGGUAACAGUAGCUCAGGGAGCCAGGGGAGUUUGACGAGUGUUGACCAGGCGCAAUCUCGACCAGUUAUCAAGUCUGCAUCGUCGGGGACAUUGUCUCUCAUUAUCCCUACAGGUACAUGCGAUGAGCUCCAUGUACCAUCCCCUCUCAACUCCCCGGGUGAGUCCAGCACCAGCUCCAGAGAUGGUUCCCCCUCUAGAGACUUCUCUCCAGCCACUGGUCCCCUCAAGCCCCCCAUCGUCAUUAAGAAGUUCCCAAGACGGCGUAGAUAUGGCUUUCAGAUGCGAGCGAUCAGGGUUUAUCUUGGAGAGAGCAAUGUGUACACCAUACACCACUUGGUCUCGAAUGUUGAGAAACAGAGUCCGGCGUACGAGGCAGGGCUAAGACCCAUGGAUCUUAUCACUCACAUCAACAAUAUGCCUGUAGAGGGAAUGAUUCAUCGUGACAUCAUUGAGCUGAUGCUGAGUGACGAGAAUCAAGUUAUCCUCCGCGUGGUGCCCUUGGAGAAUACCACCAUUAAGGCAGGCAGCCGACGACACAACCUGGCGACUAGCAAGAUGGCCCGACGGCGAAAGAAAACAAAGAGAAGGGACACGAUUGAUAAGAAGAGACGAAGCUCUGUUUAUCGACGGCCGAGUCUGAAGAGGAAUUCUGUGGAUCAGGUGUCGCCCCUAGUGACAUCAGGAAACCGCAAUAGUUUGGUGACAUAUAGAUCCCCACCUUCUGCGGAGACAUCACCAAGGUCACCAACGAUAUUGAAGUCACCACGAUCUCCACCUAUAUUCCAUGCACCCCUUGAGGCUUCGGUGAGUUCCCCGGUAACUCUUUCUCAGAGUAGCUCCUCAGGAUCAAGCUGUCCCAACUCCCCAGCCUCUAUGUCUGCCUCAUACUCUUCAUCCCGACCAAGCUCGCUUUCAGGUCUAGCUCAUAAGCUCCCCCGCGCCUUCCGAAGCAGUGGGCAUAGACGGAAGUCUGUCGGUCACAUACCGCUUUCCCCUCUUGCAAGAACCCCAAGUUCCUCUCCUAUACCUACGUCUCCGGUGCGAAGUCCAAGUCCUCUUACAAUCGUCACUAACAUGGGACAUUCACCAGGCAGCUCCAAUACCACCCAAACCUACCAAGCUCAUGCCCUCGCCAGCCCAACUCUCUCAGCUCCGAUGAAAGUCAAGACGAAGAAGUUCAUGCGAUCGUGGAAUCUUGACACUCCACCUUCGCCGCUUCUGCGACGAGCGCUGUCGCCAGAACAUGAGAAAACAACUGUCGACUUCUUUGCUGUCCAACCCCGUACUCGAGCAGACUCUGGAACAGACUGUGUCCCCAUCCCAGACAUUGUGGAAGAUAAACCCAAGUCAGAGGAAACUGUGAAACAUGACAAAAACAAGAGCACUGAGCCACCAGUUGUGGAAACGUCAAAACCUGAAAAGUUCAAAACGGAGAAAUCAAAGCUGGAAAGAUCGAAAACUAAAUCUGACGACGUUCCUCCUUCAGAAAGGGCGAAAUCAAAGCAAGAGAAGUUCAAAUCCGAAAGGAGCAAAACGGAAGACGGAAGCUGGGAGAGAUCCAAGACGGAUAAAGGGAAACAAGAAAAAAGCAAAUCAGAAAAAAGCAAAUCGGAAAAAUCCAAACAGGACAAAAAAGGUAAAGAUUCUAUCAAAUUAUUCUCUAAGGGGAAAUAAAUAGAAAGUUACUCAAAGCUAAUGAAUUAAUUAAAAAGCCGCAUUUGAAAAUCUACGCACACUAAAAAGUUUUGUUAGAGUGACUUUCACUUGAAGCCUUCACCAUUGUUUUGCUUUGUAAAUAUAUUUACCUUUAAAACAACAUUUUGGAGAUCACAAAGAAACUGUAAAAAGGGUUUUAACAAGAAAUUGCUUUCCUUUUCUUUUUAGUCUCAAAGACUUAAGCCCUGUGUAUAUGAAAUAAAUCUGUUGUUGUUAUCGGCACUACACUACACUAAUAGAGAUUUUAUUUGUGCUUUGGUCUGAAACUGUGGACUUUCACCCUUUGGAGACCAUAGCUGCCACAAGCAGCUGACAAAAUUGAAUUGAAGAAAUGAAGAAUAUUACCAAUGUCCGGGAAUUUUGUGAUGAUUGUACACAAAAGAAUGGUCUUUAUAAAAGGGUUGACAAAAGGGUUGACAAAAGGGAUUCAGGGGACGAUUUCACAAAGAGCUAAGAUUUAUCUCAACUGCAAAUCAAUCAAAGUUGCUCUUAGUUUAGUGUGAUGUCACAAUACAAAUCACUAUGGCGAUACUGACAACUAAUGAUGCAUCUUAGUGCUUGUGAAGUGAAAUCGAGCCCUGUGGGUCGAUUUCUCAAAGAGCUAAGAUUAAUGUUAACUAAGUUGCUCUUAGUUUAGUGUGAUGUCACAAUACAAAUCACUAUGGUGAUACUGACAAUUUGUCUUAUGAUGGGUUUUAUUGCUUUGUGAAAUCGAGCCCUGGUGUUUUAUAGUACGAGAACAUUCGUGUUGCACUUUUGAAUCCUAACAAUGGAAGUCAAAAGAACAAAGGGAAGUUCUUGAUUUACGGGGUCAAAAACCAUUUGUGUGUGUCUGUUUCUUUUUCGGGGGAAACUUUUAAGCAAGUUUAUUGAAAUGAAAACCAAGUGGCAAUUUAUUCUCAGAGUAUUUAAUCCUAUUAAUACAUUCCUAUCUGUAUUAUUAUUGUUAAAUGUUAUUGUAAAUAGCGUCAUGUCCACUGCCUGUACAUACUGUGUCAACCAGAAAUGGAAAUUUUAAAAUGAGUUAUUGGAGCUUUAAGAUUCAAGGUGUAAUAUUUUAACAGUAAACGCUUCUUCUCUAAAAAAACAAAAUUGCUUCAAAAUAUGGACCUCAGAUUAACUUUAUUUGAAAAGACAGUUUUGGUUUCAAGGAAAACCCAAAGAAUUUGUGAAUUAGUGUUGAUGAAAUUUUCCCGCUCAGAUAAGAUUAAAAAGAUAUGAAAAAUGAAAUAAACAAGUCAAAGAAAUAAACAUGUAAUUACUAUACCAUGGGUCGACUUCACAAAGAGUUAGGACUAGUCCUAACUUAGAACUAACUUAGGACUAGUCCUAAGAAAUAUCAAAAACAUUAGGACUAGUCCUAAGAAAUAUCAAAAAUGCAUAGCUACAGUCUAAAGGCUGGUUUAUAGUCGGUCGCGCGAUGGUCGCGCGACAGAAAUCUUGCGCGCAAUCCUAAGACUGAGGCCUAAAAACCGUGUCUUUUUAUGAUCACGCGUCGAGAUUUCCGACGCCCGACCAUCGCGCGACGGACUAUAAUCUCGGCCUUUGAGGCCCGGUCCCACUGCAGCGGUAACGAUAACGACGCCAAGAGAAUGCAUUCUAUUGGUUGAAUGAGCGUGUGCAU